GAGGAAGAAGAGGUGCGGAGAGGGAGAAUAGAAGAGAUGGCGGAAUGCAGAACCAAAAGGGAAGCGAAAACCACCAGCAGGACAACAAUCCCCCCACGCAAGAGUAACAGAACCCUUCCGAUGUCAUGUCAUGUAAUUGUGUGUUUGUUUCAAUUGCUUGGCUCUCGGACUCAUCCAUCUCUUCCUUCCUCCGUUCUGAUACUACCCGAUUCUCUAUCCAUUUGGCGCUUACUAUCAAGUCUAAUGACCCCUCCAUUACAUGCUUCUCUAUGUACUACUUGCCAUUUUCGAUCCGGUUGGGUUAUUCACGGUCUAUCUGUAGCUUCGAGUUCCGAUAUCAUACAAAAUAUCCCUCGUAUAACGUAAUAUCAGAGUCCAAAUCAACAAUAGCCUCAGAUACAUCUAUUUCGAGGUUAAGGGAAAAAAGACACCUAGAGAUUCAGGUCACGAGAAAGAGAACGUGAUAGUAGAUAGUUUAAAGAAAUAAAAAAAA